AUUCAUAAUAUAAUUGGAUACCCCCUCCCUUAAAUAAAAUUGAACCCUUUUGGUUUAAACAACAGAGUAAAACAACAGUUUUUCAAAAGAUUUUGUUUACCAGGUCGCUAAAGUUCGUCUUCUCUGCCGCUAAUUAAGCUGCUCAUAAUCACUCUGCCGCUAACGGAAUUUGGCGCAUGAUAUUUUCCAUUAUUCAUUAAAUACAGAUGGCACAACAAGACCAACGCAAAGUUGCUUAUGCCAUUCGGAGGAUGAACAAAUAUAUUGAAUCAAAUGCAACAAAGUUAAAUGAUGGAAUCAAUAGUGGACAUGAACAAGAAAUUUCAGCUAUGGAGAGAGAAGCGCCAUUUGGUGAGCAGGUAGAUAUCUCAUCGGGCGACUCAUCUUCCUCUGAUACAGAUGAUCGCAAAACAGAAAACAAACAGCUGAAAAAUAAUAUCACCACCGGUCAACCUGUUAGCGAAUUUAUUUCUGAAGAUUCAAUGAUAAGAAGAGCAAGAAUGUACCAGGAGUACAUGCAGUUGGUUCCUAUACCUACACACCGUGGCUCUGUUAUCCCUUUCACUUCAUGGGCGGGAUUAGCUGCAUCCAUUAAGCAGUUAUAUGGGCAACCCCUGCAUUACCUAACCAAUGUCCACAUGAAGCAGUGGGAUCAAAUGAGGUUUGGUACUGACGAUGAUGACGUUCCAUUAGAUACCGUCAUACAUCCUAGCAAAGCUGAAGCAAGCAUCUGGCUUAUUGAAGAAGUUCAUAGGCGUGCCUCAUCUCAUCAUUACAUUGCCCAACUUUGGCUUACUGAUCCAAUGUAUCAUGCCUAUGUUGAUCCAAUUUUCCCAAAGCUGCAGAAUUCAUCAAAAUAGAUUCUUUGCCAAUCUAUCUUCAUUGACUUGGUCUAGACUCAUUAACCUUCUACUUGGGAAAAAAUUUCAUCUCCAUCACCCUUUCCCAAACAACCGUGUUAUAUGAAAAAUUGUACAUCAUAAUGACUUCUUUAUCUCCUGCUUUCACAUGAUAGACAGAUAGAGUAAUAUGUUUUCAGCACAUGGGCUAUAUGGUGAUCUUGUGUUUGUGCCAUACGUGCUUUUUCUUGCGUUAGUCAACUUAAAGGAAAUGCGACA